AUGGUUGUAGCCCUAGACCACCACCUUCAUAGCCCCAUGUACUUCUUCCUGAUGAAUUUGUCCAUCCUAGACCUCGGUACCAUCUCAGUCACCGUCCCCAAAUCCAUGGCUAAUUCCCUCAUGAACACCAGGUCCAUUUCCUAUUCUGGAUGUGUCGCCCAAGUCUUUUUCCUCGUCUUCUUUGCUGUAUCUGACUUCGCCUUACUCACCGUCAUGGCGUAUGAUCGAUAUGUUGCCAUCUGCAAACCACUGCACUAUGAGACUAUAAUGAACAGGAGAGCUUGUGUCCAAAUGGCAGCCAGUGCCUGGAUCAGUGUAAUUGUCUAUUCUUCAUUGCACACCAGGAACACAUUUGCAAUCUCCUUCUGUGGCGGCAACAAGGUGGAUCAGUUCUUCUGUGAAAUUCCCCAGCUACUCAAGCUCGCUUGCUCUGACACGUACCUUGGUGAAGUUGAGGUACUCAUCUUGAGUGCAUGCUUAGGCUUAAGCUGUUUUGUUUUUAUAAUUGUGUCAUACACUCAGAUCUUCCAAACAGUGCUGAGAAUCCCCACUGAGCAGGGUCGGCAUAAAGCCCUAUCCACCUGCCUCCCUCACCUCAUUGUGGUCUCCUUGUUUGUUUCCACUGGCAUCUUUGCAUACCUGAAACCCACCUCCAGCUCUCCAUCAGGCCUGGAUCUCAUGGUGGCUGUUCUUUAUUCCGUGCUGCCGCCA